AUGCGAUACCUGAUGCGCAAGCGUCUCAAGAACCCGGCCCCGCUCGAAAUUCCCGAGCGCAGACAGGUCGGCGAUGUUGAGGCUAUUUUUAAGGCGCGGCAUCAGAAUGAUGGCGCGGAUCAUAACGAUGAUGGUGGUAGUAGUGGCUGCCGCACCGAUGGUGGUGUUGAGGGGAAGAAGAAACGCCAUUUUCCUCCGGCACGGGGAAGCGACAGUGAGCUUUAG